UGAUAGAUCCAGUACCGCGUGAACUGCGAGAUCGAGCAGGUGCUCCCGGCAUAGGGCAGAAACCGGCUUCUUCUAAGCGAACCGGCGAGGAGAGCACUCUGGAUAGGGAGAACAAAAAAAUGGCAAGAAUAAAAGGAUUCCCUUUUGUUUUAUUUCUGAGCUGCUUUUGCACCGUUCACAACCGGAUUCAACCCGCGGAACAAAUCUUUCCAACCGACAUUAACAAAGCGUUCAUGCCAACUGUUCGUCAAACUCUCAACGAUUGUCAUCUGCGUUAUCACAAGUAUGGGGAUUACUAUCUUAUCUAUCCGAUCUAUGGUGUGCCCGCUCGGCAAGGAGAAUUCGCUCAUAUGGCUGCAAUCGGCUGGAGACAGAUCAACGGAUCGAUCAGUUUCGACUGCGGCGGAUCUCUCAUAACGCCUCGCCACGUUCUAACUGCAGCGCAUUGCGCACUGAAUGAUGAUGGUGUGGCCCCGCAAGUGGUACGCCUAGGGGUAAUUGACAUCACGGCCGGCUUGUACGAUCCACAAAACCAGUUCGCCCAGGAGUACGGUAUUGCGAGCUUCAGGCGCCAUCCAGAACAUGAGUUUCGUGCGGAAUAUCACGACAUCGGUCUCGUCACACUGGAUCGCCCGGUAACAUUGACGGAUGCAGUAGUACCGGCAUGCCUCUGGACGGGGGCGCAGGUUCCAUUGCGCCGCUUAGAAGCGGUGGGAUUCGGUCAAACUAGUUUCGGCGGGGAGCGAACUCCAAUUCUGCUGAAGGUGCAACUUUCCCCGGUCGAUAACUCAGCCUGUGGCCGGUUUUAUCCACCCAGUCGCCGACGGCGCCAAGGGUUAAUCGAUCAGCAAAUGUGCGCAUCAGACGAAAGGAUGGACACUUGUCAUGGCGAUUCGGGCGGCCCGUUACAGCUGAAACUGAUGGCAAACAAUCGCCUCAUACCGUUCGUGGUGGGAAUCACCUCAUUUGGAAGAUUUUGCGGAACAGCUACGCCCGCAGUUUAUACAAGAGUUUCCUCAUACGUGGAUUGGUUACAGACGGAAACAGGAGUAUCGUUCGAUGCUAAAGCCUGUGCUGGAAGACACUUGAACAUCCGCGAAAUCGAGGAAGCCAUGGUAGCUAAUCGUAUAGGUGGAAAGGUAUUUGUUGAGCCAGAAAAAAGCUACAUGGACCUGGAAACGGUAGCAAAGCAUCGCGUUUACCUUGGAUACAGUACUCCUAGUGGACGGAUACAAUGGAACUGUGGUGGUGUGCUUAUCAAUGAAAACUUCGUCCUAACGGUGGCUCACUGUGAUCGAUUCAUUCUGAACAAAACGCCCGAUUUCGUGAAGGUAGGCGAUUUGGACAUUUUCAACGAUCAUCCACAUUCCCAAGUCAUCGAAAUCGAACGAUUUAUUAAACAUCCUGACUACCGAGGCGGCAGUACAAUCGAUAACGAUAUCGCCCUCGUUAAGCUACAGCGUAACGUUAGGUUGGAGCCAAAUGUGGUGCCAGCAUGUAUUCUGAACUCCGAAACGGUUACUCUUCCAUUCUACGAAAUGGCUGGAUUGGGUCCUUACAACAUGAACAACUUCGUCAUGGAGAACGAAGCGUUAUCCAACAAUAAUUCGCUAGUAUUAACGAGAAUGAGAGCUGACAGCAACUCUUGCAGCUGGCAGAAUAGCAACAAGAUCAUGUGCACUAAAAACAACCAAUCUUUAGUUCCUGGAACAUGUCGUAUUGAGCAUGGAGGAUCAUUGGAAAGGGAGAUCUGGCAUCAUGAUAGGUACUACUCCUACGUGUUCGGUUUGACCGUUGCCGGUGACGACUGCGGCUUUGGUUCGGAGGCGAGUUACGUUAAAAUUGCUUCCCAUAUCAAAUGGAUAGAGAAAACAGUGCUGGGUAAUAGUGUAAAAAGACGGCAAGUGCGAUCGGUCAGACCCAAACGGCAAAUUGUCUUCCCGGACUUGGGAGAAUCGUUCUACUCCUAUACAGUAAGUCAAUCUUGUCAGCUGCAAGACGGGCGAACAGGUUCCUGCACACCGUACCGAUCUUGUCCGAAAGAAUCGGUGGGCACAACCAUUGCUAUUUGUCAACAUGGGCUAGAACCGAUUAUUUGUUGCCCUACCACACCCACUAACACAUUAUUCCGACCAACACGGCUAUCUGCCACCGGAUCGCGACCAACGAAUCCGUCUUCCUCGUCCGGCUACAAGCUGAACAACUGUGUUUCCUACUGGAAACAGUAUAAACGUACUCCGACGGAAGAGUUCGAGCACAUUCCUUCUGAAGGAAGACCAGUUGGACGGGAAGAGUAUCCCCAUGUUGCCGCCAUCGGCAAUGCGCAACAGAAUGUAUGGCCUUGCACAGGAGUUUUAGUAAGUGAUCAAUACGUGCUCACCGCUGCGAGUUGCAUUGCAUCCGCACGUGGUUUGAAAUCAAUAGAACUGGGAUUUGGAAUACCAAGCUCCAACGUACAAGAAAUAGAUGAGGUCAUCAUUCAUCCAUCAUACGGGAAAGGAUUAAAAGACGCCAAUAAUGUGGCUUUGGUGCGGAUGAUGAAUCGUGUGCAAUUUUCCUCUAACAUCUUGCCCGCUUGCCUAUGGCCCAAGAGUGAUAAGAUUCCAUUAAAACUAUAUGCUAUUGGCAGUGGCACUGGAGGUCUGAGAUAUGUCUAUCCCAGAAGUGCCAUGUACAAUUCCGACUGCCGUUCCCUUCCCGGGGGCGACAAUUCCAUUACAGACGAUGAAAAUGUGUGCAUAGAAAACUACUAUGCCACCGACACGGUGUGUGCGGAUUUUCCUGGCAAUCCCGUCGAGGGAAUUGUCGAUCAGAGCGGUAUCCGUAUACCGUUGGUCGUAGGUACAACGUCCCGUACUAUUGGAUGUUUAACUUCUUCCAAAGCACAGACGGUAUCAGUCUUAUCGCGAAUCGCAAAUCACAUGAACUGGAUAAAAGGUGUCGUUGAGCGUUAGUUUAAAUUCUUGUCAUAAAUUAAUGGAAAUGGAAAUAAAAACAUUAACGACUAUUAAAUAAUA